AUGGAUCAGAAUUCGUCCUACAGGUUUGCUGCACGUGUUGGUGCUUUUGUUAGAUUGACUGAAGAUAGCAAGCGCGAGUAUUGUGAUGCUUUUAAUAUUGCUAAGAUUUUAGAUAGGGAUACUACAAAUUGGAAUGAUUUGGUACUUGACAUGGGUUCUGAAAUUAAGAUAGAAUCUAAACACAAGUUGCGUGUCACCUAUUGGGAUAAUAUCAGUCGUAGCUAUGAAGAAAUUGAUUCUGAUGACAAACUGUUGCAUGCAAUUGACAUGUAUUGGGAGAUAAGAAGGCUCUCAGUUCAAGUGCGGGUUAUGAUAAAGGAUGAUUUUUGUUUGGAGCUUGAUAUUGGGCGACAACAGGACAUGCCUACUGUGUUACAUGGUAACACUAAUGCUCCUGCCAACCAGUUAAUUGUGCAGCCUUCUCUUGAAAUUGCAUCAUCUGUAGUAGAGCCUUUGGUCCAGAACAAUCCUCAAGUGAAUUGGGUCGAUGAUGAUGUAGAGUAUGUUGGUCUAGAUGACGAGGACCGCUACAAAUCGUUGCUUUCUGAUUCAUUGGAUGCUGAAUUAGAUGGCCGCGAUGACGUAGAGGAUGAUGAGCGUGUUAAUUUGGAGGAUGACUUACUGGUGGAGGAUGCACGAGAUUGUGAGACCAUUGUCCAUGCAACUGACUUAGAGAACCCAAGAAUAGAAGUUGGUGUGACCUUUGCGGAUGGUGAUACUUUUAAGAAGGCUAUCAGGCAGUAUGCAGUAAAGGGUGAAUAUGAAAUUGCAGCUCCCUAUUCUGAAUCAACAAGAUACAGAGGUUACUGCAAAGCUGAACGGUGCAAAUGGAGGAUACAUGCUUCACAAUUGCAGGAUGGGAAGACCUGGAAGAUAAAAAGGAUACCUAAUGAGCAUAAUUGUCAAAGCACUGGUCAAGUUGAGCAAAACUGCAUGGCAACCAACCGUUGGAUCAGGGAUAGGGUUCUUGGUUGGCUUGCAAAGGAUCCCACAAUUGGAGCUACAGAACUGAGGAAAAAACUACAAGAACAGUAUCGCCUGCAGUUGUCAUAUUAUGUAGUGUGGGAUGGUAGGCAUAUGGCUUUGGAACAACUCAAAGGGAAGUGGGAUGACAGCUUUGAGUAUGCUUUUAGUUUCAAGGCUGAGGUGGAGAAGACCAAUCCAGGGAGUUUGGUUGACAUUGAAUAUGAGCAGGUGGGAAAGAAAAAGAGAUUUACAAGAAUGUUUGUGGCCCUGAAAGCUUGUGUAGACGGUUUUCUAAAUGGUUGUAGGCCUUUCCUUGGUGUAGACUCUACUCAUUUGACUGGGAAAUGGAAGGGACAACUUGCAUCUGCUACGGCUAUUGAUGGCCAUAAUUGGAUGUUUCCAGUGUGCUAUGGUGUGUUUGGAUCGGAGACAACUCAAAAUUGGUCUUGGUUUUUUAGGAGACUUCAGCAAGCAAUUGGAUCACCUCCAGGCCUAGUGAUCUCAACAGAUGCAGGCAAAGGAAUUGAUUCUGCUGUUACUGAAGUCUUUAAAAAUGGAGUUGAGCAUAGGGAGUGCAUGAGACACUUAGUUGCAAACUUCCAGAAACGGUUCAGAGGUGAGGUCUUUGAGAAGCACUUGUGGCCAGCAUGUAGAGCUUUUCAAAAGCACAGGUUUGAGGAGCACUACAAUUUGAUGUAUGAAGCAUGUCCUGAAGCUAUGAAGUGGAUACAUGAUAACCAUAAGCACCUAUGGACUAGGCACCUAUUUUCUGAAGCAAGCAAGUGUGAUUAUGUAACAAAUAACAUUGCUGAAACAUUCAACAGCUGGAUUAGGGAUGAGAAAUCAUUGCCGGUAGUUGAUCUUAUGGAUAGGAUAAGGCAAUUAUGCAUGGAUAAAAUGUUCUUGAGAAGAAAAAUUGCCAUGAAGCUUAAAGAUAAGAUUUUGCCAAAUGUCAUGAAGGACCUCAAUGCAAGAAGUAGGGGGCUGAAAUAUGUGUGGAGGUAUGCAUACAAAGAUGGUGGUAGGGCUACUGAAAUGUUAGGUGAAGUUGAAGGUGUUACAAGGAAUCUAGUUCACUGGAGGCAUACUGUUGACCUUCAAGAGAGGAAGUGCACUUGUAGACGUUGGCAAGUUACUGGUCUGCCAUGUACACAUGCCUUGUGUCUUAUCACCUCAAUUCGAGGUUGUAAUAUUGAAGGCUAUGUUCAUGAAUACUACUCUGUUGAAAAGUUUAAGAAGGCAUACCAAAAAUGUGUAAAGCCAAUGGCAGAUAGGAAACAGUGGCCUCACGUGAACCUUGGAUUUAAGUUGUGGCCUCCAAUUCUGAAAUCAGCAGCCGGGAGACCACGGAAGAGGAGGUUUAAAUCAGCUGCAGAAGGUGGAUCUGGAAAGAGAACCACAAGAUGCAAAAGAUGCAAACAACUUGGACACAUGGAGAAAACAUGCAAUGAAUAUGUCUAUGAUUCUGAUGCACCACCACCUGCUGCUCCAAAGCCAAAGAGAAAGAGAGGCAAGAAAAGUGUCACAGUAGUGCCAUCCAAUGCUGCUGAGCCACCACAGGAACUACCAUCAUAUGUUGACCCAUUUAUGACAAGGAGGUUGCUGGAACUAGAACCAUCUACAUCAACUAGAAUCAGCACCUCGGUUUCUACUCCAAGUCCUAUGACAAGAGGUCGUAAGAGGCUGCUGGAACUUGAAGACGCCAUAGAGCCUGUUGGACAUCCAGUGACAUCUCCAUUUUGUGUUGAAAAGGGAAAGGCAAAGAAGCUACAGGUUGUUAGGUCUAAAAAAACAUAG